CACGUGUGUCCAUGAGCAGCAUGGCCGAGGACGGCAGCUCGUGUAUGGAUACCGAAGAGCAGACCGUGGAAGCGGCACCGAAGCCAACGCCGUCCGCAGGUGUUCGCGGGGUCCUGCAGCAAAACCGAGAGUUCCUUGACUUCUUCUGGGAUAUAGCUAAGCCGGAUCAGGGAGUGAGACUUGCAGCUACUGAAAACCUCAUCAAGUACCUGAAGUCCAGUGAGAAGGAAGAUGAGCUGCACUACGCUCUUAAACGCCUUGUUGAAGGACUGGCUGCGACGCGUGAAGCAGCGCGUCCAGGAUUCAGCUUGGCCCUAGCACAGGUUCUGCAGAACUUUGAAGACAUCACACUAUUCUCAGUAUUAGAACAAAUCCGCCUGAAGCACAACCCUGCAAACAUUAAAAAGAAAUUGGUGAGAAAUGCCUGCUUUGGCAGCUUCUUUGGUGUCCUUGCACUAUUCCAGUCCGGUCGUCUUGUCAAGGAUCCAACAGUGCUUCUACAUUGUGUGCAGCUCUUGCAGAGCCUGGCUCAGUAUAAAGAACAUCUCAAAGAGCUACCAACAAAGACCUUGGUGGAUAUCCUAACAGAGGUCCCAGAGUCGACGUUCGAGGAAGUGUUGUUCAAGGUGCUCCGUACAGACCUGGCGUGCGCUUUCAACACACCAGAACAACUCCAUCUACUGCUUGUGGGGAUGCAAAUGUUUCCUGGGGUUCUUAAACCAGCCAAACUGAAGAAACUUCUGGGCUCAUCCAGAAUAACUACAGAGGAAAAUAUUCCCAAGUUGGUGGAUCUUUUAAAAACAGCUGCAAGGUCUGUUAAGAAAGAACAGUGCCUGCCAGGGGUGGCAAUGGAUCUGAUGCGGAUGGCGUUUAAGGAGGAGGCUUUUGAAUUGUUCUGGAAAGAAGCGGUGGAGAAUGGCUUGCUCAAGGACCAGUCCGGGCCAUGCAAUUACAUGUGCUACAGGUUGCUUGGUGCUUCUCUUCCUCAUCUGGAUGCAGAGCAGCUGCAGAUGGUCCUCAGAAGUGAAGUCAUGCUACUCUACGGAUCUCAUGUUGUUUCCACUCAGCCUUCUGACAGGUUCAAGUUUGCACCCGAGAUGGAAACCUAUGUAGAUGCGUUCCUGAAAGAGUGCCAGGAUCCCGAGAAACAGUCAGCAGUGUUAAUUGGUUUCACAUUACUCACCAACCAAGGAUACCCGGUGAUUCCCAGCACGUGGAAUGUGAUCAAACAUCUGAAGCCCCCUGCUCUUCAAACAUAUAUUGAUUGGCUGAAGAACAUGUUCACUCAGCCCGAUCUGAAGGCCUGUUUGGAUUUUAGCACCAAACGGCAGAAGGAGAACCAGGAGCAGCAGAAAUCAACUGACCACUACGUGUUUCGUUUGAGAAAAUGGAUUAUCCCACGGCUUACUAGCAUUGUAGACAAUGCCUUGGUGAAACGGACUGAGGAGCAGGUGAUGGAUAUUGCAAGGUUUGUUUUGUUUCAUGCAUUCUUUAAUGCUAAGAAGCCUGUGUCGGAUAUUUCGGAAACAAAGCCAACUUUGACCGUGCCUUUAGACGAUAAAAUACAAGCAUUGGUGUCAGACGCCUUUUUCAGUUUAUUGUUUAACUUGAACUGCAUGGCUGUAAUCGGAGACAGUGAUGCAGCCAACGCUGCGAGGCAGAAACACUUGGUGGGAAUCACUGCAGACGGCGUUCUAUGGAUUGAAUGCAUGGUGCGCUAUGCGAACACCCUGUUGUCACGUGGAAAGGUGGUGACUGCGGUGACACCAUUCACUAAAGAUCAGAAGGAAGCUUGGGAUCGAAUGCUGCAGUAUGUGGACGAUCUGAAGAAGAAAAUAAAAGAUGAUACGAGUAUGCAGACGUCGGCUUACCAGCAGUUAAUGCUGCUGGUAGGAAUACACCUGUUUAAGACACCAGACGAAAGUAUAGAUCUCUUGAAUGAUAUUCAGUGUUGCUUAAAUAAGGCCCAGAACAAGAAACCCAAGAAAUUAAAGAAUAAAGAAGAUGAACAAGAACCUGAAUGGGUAGAGGUGAUGGUGGAAAUUCUCCUGUCUCUCUUCUCACAACCAAGCAGACUUUUCCGACUGGUCGCAAAAAACGUUUUUAAGAAGAUUUGCCCGUAUGUGACAAAGAAUGCCUUACAGCUGAUAUUAGAUGUUCUUGAUUCAGAAGAAGAUAACGAGGAAGGUGCGGUCGUGGUUACUGAUGAAAAGGAGAAUAAGAAAUCGCUGGAUGACCAGGAGGAUGAUGACAAGAGCAGCUCAGAUGAGGACAGUGAAGAUGAGGCGUCUGGGGAGGAAGGAAAAGAUACUGAUAAUGAAGAGGACAAUGUCACUGAAGAUGUUAAUGAAGCUUUCCGUAAACAGCUGAUGAAUGUGUUGCAGACUGGCAAAGCCCUGGAGACGGAGGAAAGUGACGAGGACUUGGAUGACGAGGCAAUGAUGGCUUUGGAUGAAAAUCUGUCAGCUCUGUUUGCUGAGCAGAAGCAGCGGAUCCAAGCCAAGAAGGAUGAGAAGGCUAAAAUUCGCAAGGAGAAGAUACUACGCAAAGAUUUCAAAACAAAGGUGCUGGACCUCAUCGAAGUGUUUAUUAAGAAGCAGCCUCAGAGUCCACUGGUGUUCAGUAUCAUUGAGCCACUGAUUUCCGUGAUACAGCAAAGCAUGAACUCUACAACAUCCACCCAGCAGGAGCAGGAUUAUCUCCGGAAAACAGCAGACAUCUUCAUGAAUGACAUAAUGAAAGCCAAAAGAUAUUGCAAAAAUGUGUCUGAGUUAAAAGAAGACUUGCAUGCGAUGAUGGAGAGGUUGGUGACUGGUGCUUGUAAGCAGAAUGAUUCCUCGGUAGCUUUGUACUACUUCAGUGCAUCGUUAUACCUGAUGAAAGUGUUAAAAAACAGUCCAACUGAUCAAUCCGAACAAGAAAAAACGACUAAGGAUGGAUGUCUAGAUGUCCCAAGAGUGACGCUGCUCUAUAAGGAGGCAUUGAAGAGCUUUAUGACUAAACGAAAGAGUCCCCUUACUGGAUCAAUGUUUGCUGAAUUCUUUGAACGGUUUCCGUUUAUGUGCGACUCGUUGCUGGAUAUCAUCUUGAAAUCUGUUACAGAGGCAGCCAGGCAACACCAACAAGGGGAGGCAUGUGCUCUUCUCCAGAAGGUCCUGCACAACGGUUCAGUAAGGCACGCCAUGUCUCCGUCUCAGUGGCAAGGUUAUGUUCAGGAAAGCAUCAAUCAAGUUAUGAAGACUCUGCAAGGUAUGAAUGAAAUUAAAGUGAAAGCUGACCAGGAAAAGCAGAUUAAGUGCUUUGAUUUGCUGAACCUCCUGAUAAAAACUAUAAAGAACCAGAAUCUGGAUAUCAGCCUCACUGAGUUGUCUACAUUCUUUGAAUCAAUGACCCAGCAUGAAGGGUUUGGAUUAUCGACCUGCCAGAGACUGAAAGACAUGUACUGGAAUGUCAUGAAGCUCCUAGGAGUUCCAUAUAGUAAACCACAGAAGAGGAAAAAUAUGGAAGAAAUGCCCCAAAAUAAUAAUCCUCCAAAGAAAAAGAAAGGGUUCUUACCAGAGACAAAAAAACGCAAGAACCGUAAGAAGACCCCCACGCAAGAGGAAAAGCCUAGUGCUCCAGCAGCCCCUGCAGAGAAUGGAGAUCGCCCUAAAAGGAAGAGAAAGAGAAAUAAACGGAAGCCUGGACAGCAGCAGACCUCAGAUGGUGCUACCCCAAGCAUGAAACACAAAUCUACCGAGAAAGCAAAAGGAGGCAAAGCAAUAAAGAAAAAAUAAGGACAUGACAACCUUGCUUAUAUUCAAUAGUGAUAUUUUUAGCCAGAAA